CUUCGUUCCCAGUACCCAACAUAUAUGCACUCCCGACAUUUCUUCUUUGCCUUGGGUAGGAUUUCAUUUGUUGGUGCUCGCCGAUUUCCGCUCUCUCUCCUUUGCUGACUUGCUGGUCAUCCCAAGGAGUUAGAAAACUAUGGCCGAUGCCGAGGAUAUUCAGCCCCUUGUGUGCGAUAAUGGAACUGGAAUGGUUAAGGCUGGAUUUGCUGGAGAUGAUGCUCCGAGGGCUGUAUUUCCUAGUAUUGUUGGUCGCCCCCGUCAUACUGGUGUAAUGGUUGGCAUGGGACAAAAAGAUGCAUAUGUUGGUGAUGAGGCUCAAUCCAAGAGAGGUAUCUUAACUUUGAAGUACCCAAUUGAGCAUGGUAUAGUCAGCAACUGGGAUGAUAUGGAGAAAAUUUGGCAUCACACUUUUUACAAUGAACUUCGUGUUGCCCCUGAAGAGCACCCUGUUCUCCUCACCGAAGCACCUCUCAACCCUAAAGCUAAUCGUGAGAAAAUGACCCAAAUCAUGUUCGAGACUUUUAACACUCCUGCUAUGUAUGUUGCCAUUCAGGCUGUUUUGUCCCUCUAUGCAAGUGGUCGUACUACCGGUAUUGUGCUGGAUUCUGGUGAUGGUGUGAGUCACACAGUGCCCAUAUACGAGGGCUACGCCCUUCCACAUGCAAUCUUACGUCUUGAUUUGGCUGGUCGGGAUCUGACUGACCACUUAAUGAAGAUCCUUACUGAGCGUGGUUACUCUUUCACAACGACAGCAGAGCGGGAAAUUGUUAGAGAUGUGAAGGAGAAGCUUGCUUACAUUGCCCUGGAUUAUGAACAGGAAAUUGAAACUUCGAGAACCAGUUCUUCUGUUGAGAAGACCUAUGAGCUACCUGAUGGGCAAGUGAUCACGAUUGGAGCUGAACGGUUCAGAUGCCCUGAGGUCCUAUUCCAGCCGUCAAUGGUUGGUAUGGAAGCUGCUGGAAUUCACGAGACCACAUACAACUCAAUCAUGAAGUGUGAUGUUGAUAUCAGAAAGGAUUUGUAUGGAAACAUUGUGCUUAGUGGUGGGUCGACUAUGUUCCCUGGAAUAGCCGAUAGAAUGAGCAAGGAGAUUACAGCCUUGGCUCCGAGUAGCAUGAAGAUCAAGGUGGUGGCCCCACCUGAGAGGAAGUACAGUGUUUGGAUCGGAGGAUCCAUCUUAGCAUCACUCAGCACCUUCCAACAGAUGUGGAUUGCCAAGGCAGAAUAUGAUGAGUCUGGUCCAUCUAUCGUUCACAGAAAAUGCUUCUAAUUUGGUCUUCAAUGGUGGUAUAAGUUGAAGAUAUGGGGUGUAUUUUUUUGGUUUUUUGUAAUUUUUGGCAAGAAAAAGUUAAGUUUGUUUGGUGCCUCUGUUAUUUGUUUUUGUGUCUGGAUUUGAAAAAAAGACCAAGAAAUUGUUUGUCUGGAUUGUCAUAUUCUUGUGUUAAAAUUGAAUUCUAGAGUUCCUCCUUUCAGAUUCUAAAGUAUUAUUUUUUUUCUAGUCUCA